CAGGCAGUGAUGGCUGUGAAGGAACUGCAGACCUCCACGCGUGAGGCCAUCGUCCUGCUCAAGGCCAUGAUCGAGGAGGUUCGCAACAGUGCCAGCGAGGAGGAGGCGGCCAUCAACUCCCUCUUCAGCCGCAUGCAGGAGCAGCUCUCCGAGAGGAAAAAAACGCUUCUGAAAGCUGUGCAGAGCCAACACGAGGAAAAGGAGAAGGCAUUCAAGGAGCAGCUAGCGCACCUUGCCUCCCUGCUGCCCACUCUGCAGGUCCACCUGGUGACCUGCUCGGCCUUCCUGAGCUCUGCCAACAAAGCCGAGUUCCUGGACCUGGGCUAUCAACUGAUGGAGAGGCUGCAGAGAAUUGUCAAGCUGCCACACCGCCUGCGGCCAGCCCAGACCAGCAAGAUCAACAGCGAGUACCGGGCAGAGUUCGCCCGCUGUCUGGAGCCCCUCCUGAUGCUCAGCCCCCGCCGCUCCAUGGUGGGCAGCGCUGGUGGCAUUGGUCCUGGCAUCACUGGCACAAACAUGCUCCCCGGUGGCCAAUGCUCCAAGACCCUCAUGGUGCCCAGCUGCCCCCCCCCCAGUGACAAAAUGUCCACCGGCCCCAUGGUGAAGAAGCCAACAAUGCAUCGGUACAUCAGCACCAAGGUGCUCCUGGCUGAGGGGCGCGAGACCCCCUUCGCCGAGCACUGCCGCAACUACGAGAACACCUACCGGAUGCUGCAGACGGAGAUACAGGGCCUGAAGGACCAGGUGCAGGAGCUGCACCGUGACCUCACCAAGCACCACUCACUCAUCAAGUCAGAGAUCAUGAGCGAGAUCCUGCAGAAGUCGCUGCAGAUGGACGUGCAGAUCGCAGCUCACUACUCCGCCGUGGAGAUGAUGCGCAGCGUCUUUGAGGAGGUCUGGGAGGAGACCUACCAGCGGGUAGCAAAUGAGCAGGAGAUCUAUGAAGCCCAGCUCCAUGACUUGCUGCAGCUGCGGCAGGAGAACAGCUGCCUGAGCAACAUCACCAAGCAGAUCGCGCCCUACGUCCGCUCCAUUGCCAAAGUGAAGGAGCGGCUGGAGCCCAGGCUGCAGGAACCCCAGGAGCCCAAAGAGGAACAGGCCCAGAUGCUGCUCAAGAUCUGUGACGACAAUGAAGUGGUGCCAAGGGAUGCCUCAUCUGGCAGCAACAAGGUGGCUUCAGCCAGCCCUGAGGAGGGCUUCAUGCCUAGGGACAACCCUGGAAACCUCUCCCCAAAAAACAAAGACUGCUGCAGGGGACAGCAGAAGAGUGGAGCAGAGAGUGCUACUCUGAAAGAGCCAGCACCGUAGAGCCCAGUGCUGGGCACGUGGCAGAGCCGCUGGGCAGAGCCAUGCCCUGGUCACUGACCAGCUCCUCUUGCCCAGUGCCACAAGCCAGGGCAGGAAACAGGCAGCCAUGUCUGCAGCACAUACAAAGGCCUCAGGUGGACUUGCUUCUGAAAAAUUCUCUUUGUGCUCUCCCUUGCGUGUGUCAGAGUGAAAUAAAAGGGUGCAGUUGUCCAUG